AAAUUUUCCUUUUGGAAAGAAAAUUCGUGGAUACUGCAGUUUUUAGUCGGGUAUUGGGCGAUAAGUACGUUCGGUCUGUUUCCAUAGAGCAAAAAUCAUUUGUUAUACUUUAAAAGAAAAGAUUUUAAUUGAAAAAUUUCCAACUAUGUCGCCGUCGCAACUCAGUGAGAAAAAUUACUUUGCCAACUAUUAUGUGGAAUUGAAAAAUAGUGUGGAAAAUUUCGAUGAGCAAGUGGAAAAAAUCAAAACGUGCAAAAGUGAUGUGGAACGUGUACAAUUUGUGGAAAAUUUCAAGGGUCUAAGCGGACAUGAUGAUAAGUUGCAGAUUCGUAAAGAAUUUCAGGGGAAAAAUGCUGCAUUAGCCUCGGAUUUUAAAGAGAAGGGAAAUCUGGCAUUUAAGGCUCAAAAAUGGAUCGAGGCAAUGGUUUUGUAUACCAAGAGUUAUGUGGCUUUGCCCGAAGAUAAAGUGAAUGAGAAAGCCAUCAUAUUGGCCAACCGAUCAGCAGCAUUGUAUCAUCUGGAGAAAUAUGACGAGAGUUUAAUCGAUAUCAAGCGUUCGAUGGAUUAUGGAUAUCCCAAGGACUUGAUAUACAAGUUAUAUGAGCGCAUGGCCAGAUGUUAUAUGGCCAAGAAGGAUUAUCCCAACACCAUCAAAUAUUUCAAAACCAUGAUCACCUCCAUGGAUGAUGCCACAGCCUUGCCGGUAGCUCGUAAAUCUCAGUUGAACACUGUGGCUAUGACCAUGAUUAAAAUGCUAGAAAGAGAUCCACGCACCACAAAGCAAAUGGAAAUCAGAAAGAAAAAGGGUUUGUCCGGUGACGAGAUGCCAUCUUUGGUUAUAGCUGAUGAGGCGGAAUUUGUCAGUCCGGGCCUACGCUUCGAUGAGAAUCGUAUUGAAGGUCGUUUUGUGCGUGCUGCCAGCGAUGUAAAGGUGGGCGAAGAAAUACUUGUGGAGAAGCCCCAUGUUGCUGUUCUUUUGGAAAAAUUCUCCAAGACCCAUUGUGAGAAUUGUUUCAUCCGGACGGCCAUUCCAGUUGCUUGCCCCAAGUGUGCUGACGUUAUAUACUGUUCGGAAAAGUGUAUGAAACGUGCUGCCAAUUCUUAUCACAAAUAUGAAUGUGGUAUUUUAACUACGGUUUGGAGUUCGGGAGCAUCCAUCAAUUGCCACAUGGCCCUUCGAAUCUUUACAAACAAGGACGUUGCGCAUUUUUUGCAAAUCGCUGAUAAAAUUGAUGAAAAACUCAGCUUAGAUGAACUACAACAGCUUCCCAAAGAUGAUUAUCGCAGAAUUGCCCAUUUGGUAAGGCAUGAAGAUGACCGCACAGCUUCCAAUUUCUUCCAGCAUGGAUUGAUGGCUCGUUUCUUAACGAAAUGUUUGAGUGUAGUGAAUUAUUUUGGUGACAAUCCUAAAACGGAAGAUAUUCUGAAAAUCGAAGCCUUGGCCUUGCGUAAUUUGCAAUUUUUGCAAUUCAAUACCCACGAAGUUGCGGAGCUGCACAAGUCACAAAUCGAUGGAAGAGAGAAAACACAAUUCAUUGGGGGAGCCCUCUAUCCCACAUUAGCUCUAUUCAACCAUGCUUGCGAUCCAAGUGUGGUGAGGUAUUUCCGAGGCACCACCAUCCACAUCAAUAUGAUAAAACCUGUUGAGGCUGGUCUGCAUAUUUCCGAAAAUUAUGGUCCCAUAUAUACCCAAGAAACAAGAAACGAACGUCAGGCUAAAUUGAAGGAUCUCUACAAGUUCGAAUGUUGCUGCGAUGCCUGUUUGGAAAAUUGGCCUACCUUCGAUAAGCUGCAAACAGACGUCAUCCGUUUCCGUUGUGAUGCUCCCAAUAAAUGUAAUGCUGUUAUAGAGGUGCCUCCCAACUGUAAUGAUUUCAUGGUGAAGUGUUUGACAUGCAACGAAAGCACCAACAUCUUGAAGGGUCUAAAAGUUAUGCAGGAUACGGAAAUGAUGUCUCGCACCGCCAAAAGACUCUAUGAUACUGGUGACUACUCCAAGGCCCUUAAUAAAUAUGUGGAUCUAAUUAAGAUUAUGUCAGAGGUUUUGGCUCCACCCUUUCCAGAUUACUGUCAAUGCCAACAGUUCCUCAAGGAUUGUUUCUUACAUCUUGGCAAUUGCUACAAUUUGAAUUAGAAGAGGGAAUGUUUUGAAACAAAAAUUACAAAGAGAAACUAAAUAAAAAUACUAUUGACAAACUUUUUGACUCUCAUA